CUUGAACCUUUCCUCAUUCUCUGGAUUGAGUAUCCUCGUCAGCCAGCCGCUCCUAGUCGUUACGAGUCUCUCUGAUUGGUCCAUCUCUUUUCUUCGUUCCGAAUAUAGGCGAGUCGCCUCCAACAUCCCUGCUUUCGUUCUCUAUCUUCUUUCUCCUCUCCUCGUUUGCGGCAUAGACAUAGACAGCAGUAGAAAUGACAAAGGCGUCGGACGUGAAACCGCCGUGCGCGACUGUAGCGGCUACAGCCGGCGUCAGCGGAGGCAUUUUUGGAGUCAUGUGGGGAUUCUACAGCGGCAUCUCUGACCCAAGGGAAUUUUCUCCACUCUUCCGAGUUGCCCACGUGACUGGCUCGGCACUUGGAGAUGGUCUGAAAUUCGGUGUGCUGGCUGCUCUCUUCUCAGGAACUAGAUGUGCAUCCCAACGUCUAAGGGGCCAAGAUGACUGGGUCAAUUCUAGUGUAGCUGGUGCAAUUGCUGGAACUGCAGUGGCUGCUACAGUUGGCCAACGAGGAUGGACUCUCUUACAAGCUGCUGCACUCGCAGCUAUAGUCGCAGGAGCAGCAGAUCGCUACUUAAUAGGGCCCGUGGGGGAUCACGAGGUGGUGGCUGUCCCACAGCUGGAGGGGAGAGGGAGAGAAGCAAGUGGGGGUUCAAAGCAAAUAGGUUCAGUAGAAAUGGCCAGUUUUGACGAUGUUCUACGAGUCCCUGCAUGGAUCUCACAAUACUUCAACAAGCAUUUGUAGUAAUUGCAGGACCCAUCUGUUCUCCCCUGCAUUUAUAUUCCCCAGGCUCCUGGUUUUAUUCAACCUUGCGCUUUCAUUUUGCCUGCUAGAAGCUUCAACUCCAGCCUAUCUUCUCAUUGAACUUAUCUUCUAAGUUCAGAAAAGAUGGCUCUCUCCCUCAAGCAGGCUGUGACCAUCAGCAGCUCUGAGUUCUGCGGCAAGGCUAUCCGCCAGGCCGCUGCUCCCCAGGCUGCCAAGAAUGUCUCCUUCACCGUCCGCGCCGGCGGAUACGAGGAGGAGCUCGUGAAGACCGCUAAACACAUUGCCUCCCCCGGCAAGGGUAUCCUCGCCAUGGACGAGUCCAAUGCCACCUGCGGUCUUCGUCUCGCCUCCAUCGGCCUUGAGAACACCGAGGCCAACCGUCAGGCGUACCGCACCCUCCUCGUCGCCACCCCCGGCCUCGGCGAGUAUGUGGCCGGUGCCAUCCUCUUCGAGGAGACCCUGUACCAGAACACCGUCGACGGCCAGAAGAUGGUCGAUGUCCUGUCCAACGGCGGCAUCAUUCCCGGUAUCAAGGUCGACAAGGGUCUUGUGCCCCUCGCCGGCUCCAACGACGAGUCCUGGUGCCAGGGUCUUGACGGCCUCGCCUCCAGGACCGCUGCCUACUACAAGCAGGGUGCUCGCUUCGCCAAGUGGAGGUCCGUCGUCUCCAUCCCCAACGGUCCUUCCGAGCUCGCCGUCCAGGAGUGCUCGUGGGGCCUGGCUCGCUACGCCGCCAUCUCCCAGGACAGCGGUCUCGUCCCCAUCGUCGAGCCCGAGAUCCUCCUCGACGGUGCUCACGGCAUUGACAGGACCCUGGAGGUUGCCUCCAAGGUGUGGGCCAAGACCUUCUACUACCUCGCCGAGAACAACGUCAUGUUCGAGGGUAUCCUCCUGAAGCCUUCCAUGGUCACCCCCGGUGCCGAGUCCACCGUCCGCGCCACCCCUGAGCAGGUUGCUGAGUACACCCUGAACAUGCUGAAGAGGCGCGUGCCCCCCGCCGUGCCCGGCAUCAUGUUCCUGUCCGGCGGCCAGUCCGAGGUGGAGGCUACCCUCAACCUGAACGCCAUGAACCAGUCCCCCAACCCGUGGCACGUGUCGUUCUCGUACGCCCGCGCUCUCCAGAACACGGUGCUGAAGACAUGGAAGGGCCAGCCCGAGAACAUCGAGGCUGCUCAGACCGCUCUGCUGAUCCGCGCCAAGGCCAACUCCCUGGCUCAGCUCGGCAAGUACUCCGCUGAGGGCGAGGCUGAGGAGGCCAAGCAGGGCAUGUUCGUCAAGGGCUACUCCUACUAAGCUGGCAGUGGCUUUUCCGUAACAUGUUUUGUUUAUUCCGCCAUCUGUCAAUUUAGUAGAUAAUGUAAAAUCGAAAAAAAAUCACAUGUGCAAAGCCAAGCCUCCGUCCGUGCCACAGAUUGGCGUUCCCUCCUGGUAACUCACUGCCUAGUUUACCUCCCUACGCAAUCCUCUCCCCUAAGCAAUCCAAUCCCUGAGCGACAAUGGUAUUCUGCACACUGCUCUCUGCCGCAGCAGAAGCUGCAACGAGUAUCGUGACUGCUAAACCAGGAGCAGUAGUAGCAGCGUAGUGUAUGAUACCAUUUUAG